CCCAUUUAAAAGGCUGCAGACCCCACGACUGCCGGGGGAGAGGGGGCACUGGCGGAGGGGUAGUUGGCAGGUUCUGCAUGCCCACGGGUUGUGCUGAUGCAUUGGUGCUGCAAGUCAAGUCCCCAAGCUCACUGAACAGAUAAGGGCCUGAAAGUGUUUAUUUUUUUAGGGAAAGUCCGAUUGCAGUAACAAUGCCCCCUGACACAGGUGAAGGGUUAAUUCAAUUCAGAUUAGUCCUGCUAGUAAUUAAUAAUCCCUAUCCCACCAAAUUACCCUUGUUCCACAAUACUUGUACAGGACUGUUCUCUUUCCCAUGGUCAGGCAGGGCCAUCUGCCUUUAUGAGCGAGUUAAUAUAACUUUGUCCACUAGAGGGAGCUCUUGCUUCAACAGACUUUUUAUACUAUAGAUAUCAGUAACAAAUGCCCCAGUCUGUUUUUUUUUCUACAAGAUUCAUGCUCUGCCCCCCUGUCCUAUGAGCAAAGAGAACAACCCCGAAGCAGAAAAUGACCUGUAAGCCUGUUCUGCAACACCCUGUUUCCAUGAUGGUACUUGCAUUGCAGAGAAGUCAGGAGCCUAUAAGUGUGCGUGUCUGGCUGGGUACACUGGGAGACACUGUGAAAGUGGAAACCCCGCUCCACCAGUUAUACUUUGCUUCAUUCACCAAGGAAAAGAUUGACGUCUUGCCAACCAAGAAACCAGCUUUACCUCCCGGAGAGCUGCCUCCUGGCUACCACCAUCUGCUCACCCAGCUGCAGUACGACUGUGUAUCUCCCUUUUACCGGCGCACCCGGAGCAGCAGGAGAACUUGCUUGAAGACUGGGAAGUGGAGCGGGAGAGCACCAUCUUGCAUCCCUAUCUGUGGGAAGCUUGAGAACUUCAACAUAACCCAGUUGGGAGGACAGAGGUGGCCUUGGCAGACAGCACUAUACCGCAGAUUGAAUGGGGUGAAGAAUGCCAGCCUGCGGAAGGGCUCCUGGGUAUUGGUUUGCAGUGGAGCCCUACUGAAUUAG